GAAAGAAAAUUAAAUAAAAUAAAUUAUAUAGAAGAAGAAGAAGAAGAAGAAGAAGAAGUAAACUACGGGGAAAAAUCCAAACCACGCACUCCCUUUCUCUCUCUCUCUCUCUCUCUCUCUCUCGCCAUUGAUGUGAACAAUUUAAGCUCUUCUCCUUCACCACCACCACCUCUUCUUUUUCCUCCCAAGCCACUUGGAGUAAGGCCAAAAUCUCAACUGGGUUUUGCUAAUCCUCGAUGCUCUUCCAUAAAAGAGUCUCCUUUACCCACUUCACCCCCUCGCCUCUUCUGGGAACCCGCUGAAAUGGGAAACAGGGGACUCCCCUGCUUCUCCUCCCUCCUCCUCUUGCUCCUCUUCGCUCCCCUCUGCUGUUCCCAGAGCCAACAAAGCUGCGACUCGAGCGAUUUGAAUGCGCUCCAGGGCUUUGUGGAAGGGCUCCAAUCGAGUGAUCUUGGGUGGAGCUUUAAUGGGUCGUCCUCUUCAGAUUGCUGUAAUUGGGUUGGGAUAUCAUGUGAUUUGGGCUCUGCUCUGGUGAAGAGGGUGAUUGGUUUGGAUCUGUCCAAGAAGAGUUUAAAGGGCUCCGUCUCUUCUUCUCUGGGCGGAUUAGAUCAAUUGAAGCUGCUCAAUCUCUCCUACAAUUCCCUUCGUGGACCGGUUCCUGUGGAGCUAUUCCAUCUCCCCCACUUGGAGCUCCUUGAUCUUAGUACGAACAUGUUAUCUGGGCUUAUCCCUGCAGAAUCGAACCUAUCGUCGAUUCAGGUAUUCAACAUCUCCUUCAAUUCAUUCAACGGCACGCACCCGAUCUUCGCCGGAUCGAGCAAUCUAUCAGUCUACGACGUCAGCUUGAACCGCUUCUGGGGCCCCGUCGAUACAGGUAUCUGCAAUUCCUCUGAUUCCAUUAAAGUGCUUCGGUUCUCGGCGAACAUGUUCUCCGGCGAGUUCCCUGCCGGCUUCGGGAACUGCAGUUCCCUUUCCGAGCUCUUGCUCGAUGCAAAUGGCCUUACCGGAACUUUGCCCGAUGAUCUCUUUACACUAUCCUCGUUGACCAAACUAAACCUCCAGGGGAAUUCACUAUCUGGUACUGUGAGCACAAACAUUGGAAACCUUUCCAACCUUGUCCAUGUAGAUAUUUCCUCCAAUAACUUUUCCGGGGUGAUCCCGGAUGUAUUUGAUAGAUUAAAUAAGCUAGAGUGCUUUAGUGCUUUAUGCAAUAUACUCACUGGGGGUUUACCCCCUUCUUUGUCUAGUUGUUCAACACUCACUACUAUUAGCUUGAGAAAUAACUCUCUUCGGGGGACCAUCGAUCUCAACUUUACAACCUUGCCGAGGUUAAACAUCCUCGACCUCGGAUCGAAUUUGUUUUCCGGACCUAUCCCUCCCGAUCUGCCCAAUUGCACGCAAAUGACCACCUUAAAUCUUGCUAGAAACAAUCUUGUUGGCGAAAUACCCUCUAGCUUCAAGAACUUCACCUCCCUGUCCGAUCUCUCGCUCACCGGAAACAACUUCGCCAACUUAUUCUCGGCACUACAAAUCCUACAAAACUUGCCCAAUCUUAAAAACCUUGUGUUCACUAAGAACUUUCGCGGUGGUGAGUCAAUGCCGUCCGAAGGGAUUCAAGGAUUUGCUAACACGGAAGUCUUUGUCAUUGCGAAUUGUGCUCUUUCGGGUUCUAUCCCGCCGUGGUUGGUGAAUCUGAGCAAAUUGAAGGUCUUGGACAUUUCCUGGAACCAUUUAACCGGGACGAUCCCUGUAUGGUUGGGAAACCUGGACAAUCUCUUCUACUUGGACAUAUCGAAUAAUUCGCUCACCGGAGAAAUUCCUACUAGUUUAACACUCAUGAAGAGCCUCAUCUACGGUAACUCAUCGCUAGAAAGGACGGCAUCACAAGAUUUUCCCUUUUUCAUCAAGAGAAAUUCGAGUGGGAAGGGUCUACAAUACAAUCAAGUUAGCAGCUUUCCACCGUCGAUAAUUUUGAGCAACAAUAAGCUUGUUGGGUCGAUCUUGCCUGGGUUUAACGACCUUGUGAAGCUCCAUGUGUUGGAUUUGAGUUGGAACAAUAUCUCGGGAACUAUUCCCGAUUUGUCGGGCAUGUCGAGUUUAGAAUCCUUGGAUUUAUCGCACAACCAUCUCACCGGUACCAUACCACUAUCUUUGACGAGGUUGAAUUUUCUUUCUUACUUCAAUGUGGCCUACAACAAUUUAGUUGGAGAAAUCCCAACAGGAGGCCAGUUCUCAACUUUCUCUAAAGAAGACUUUCAAGGAAAUCCUGGCCUAUGUGGCAUUCACUUGAUUCCUUGCCCAAAAAACGCCUCUUCGCAGGUGGAUAGUACGAAGCAUAAGAAAAAAGGCACGAUAGUCGGAUUGGCAAUUGGAAUCGGAGCGGGGAUCGCUUCCCUUAUCAUUGCUACAUAUAUAAUCGUUUUGAGAAUUCGGUCUAGGAAAAGAGAAGAUAAUGCGAAGGUCGUGGCAGACCUCGAUUAUAGCUUAGAGUUGGCUGGGUCGAGAUUGGUUCUACUGUUUCAGAACAAGGAGAGCAAGGAGCUGAGCAUAAAUGAUAUACUGAAGUCCACCGAGAACUUUGAUCAGUCUCGCAUUAUCGGAUGCGGCGGCUUUGGGUUGGUCUACAAAGCAACUUUACCGGACGGAAGUAAGGUGGCUAUCAAACGGCUUUCCGGCGAUUAUUGUCAGAUGGAGAGGGAAUUCCAUGCCGAGGUCGAAACCCUUUCAAGAGCCCAGCACACGAAUCUUGUUCUGCUCCAAGGGUAUUGCAGGAUCGGCAAUGACCGGCUCCUGAUCUAUUCGUUCAUGGAGAACGGGAGUUUGGACUACUGGCUUCAUGAAAAGGUAGAAGGGGGUGCGGUCCUCGACUGGGGCAAGCGAAUUCAAAUAGCACAAGGGGCCGCGAGGGGUUUAGCAUACUUGCACCAAUCUUGCGACCCUCAUAUCCUACAUCGGGAUAUUAAGUCUAGUAACAUCUUGCUAGAUGAGAAUUUCGAGGCACACUUGGCGGAUUUCGGGCUCGCGAGGCUAAUUUUGCCCUACGAUACACAUGUUACUACCGAUCUCGUCGGGACUUUGGGAUAUAUUCCUCCUGAAUAUGGGCAAUCUGCGGUCGCGACGUAUAAAGGCGAUGUGUAUAGUUUUGGGGUUGUUUUGCUAGAGUUACUUACAGGGAGGAGGCCCGUGGACAUGUGUAAGCCGAAAGGAAGUAGGGAUGUUGUUUCUUGGGUAAUUCAGAUGAAGAAGGAAAAGAAGGGAAUGGAGGUCAUCGACCCGCAUAUAUAUGAUAAGGAGAACAAUAAUGAGGUUAUGAGAAUGCUCGAGAUUGCGUGCCUCUGUGUUAGUGACUCCCCUAAAUUGAGGCCUUUGUCGCAACAAUUACUCGCAUGGCUUGAGGAAAUCGGUUGUUGACGAAGUGAAGGACUUGAAAAUCUGCGUCCAAAUAGCAGGUGCCUAAAAGAAUAAUGGAGAACCAAUGUAUAUAACAUUUACUUAUCCUCAAAAUGUUAAAGCUCUCCUUUUGUUUCUUUUUUGUCGGCUUUGGGCAAUUUCUUUUUUUAUUUUUGUUUCUUUCUUUUUUUUUCACUGUAAGGUGGAGAUGAGAUCGCCACCAGAGGAAACAAUACUCAUGUAAAGUUGUAAGUGAAAGUUUUCUAUCAAUAGAGCUAUAUUUUACCUGAA